AUGCCUUCUCCACCACCGUCAAACACAAAAACACGCCCCUCGGCACUCGCUUGCAUCGGGUGUAGAAAACAUCAUCUCAAAUGUGAUGGCCAAAAGCCUUCAUGCGCCAGAUGCAUUUCUGCGCAUACGGCAUGUCUGUAUCUUCCCUCGCGUCGAGGCGCAAAAAGGAAAUAUGAAAAUGUCUCUCACGAUCUGCCAGCUGUAGAUGCUGGCACAUUGCCUUCCCCGCCACAGUCUGGCCAAACUGUUACGAAUGGACGUACAUUUCAACAAGCCAUGGACACGAUUAUCCCCGAUGGCAUUCACACGCCGCAGUCAGACCCGCCUGUAUCUAUAGUUCCAGCGGGUCGACUAGUGCGCCUUUACUAUGAGCAUUUCCACUCCGCACAUCCGAUACUCGUCCCGUCAUCGAUAUAUGAAAGCUAUAAUUAUCCGCCUUACGUCCACCAAGUCGUCAAAUUUAUCGGGAGCCACUACUCCGUGGUACUUGACAAUGACGUGCUGUACGAAAGCACCCAGUCUUUGCUAAGUAGCACUUCAGAUCGAACGCCGCACAUGGUACAGGCUCUGUUACUCUACUCAAUCAUCAUGUGGUCCCGCAAUCAGACCAGUGAGGCCGAGUCCUCGCUCACCAAAGCGAUUGAUAUUGCACUGGAGCUUGGGAUGCACCGGGAGAGCUUCGUGGCCACAGCCUCUGAAGGCAAGCCGCAUGAGGCUGAAAGCAUGCGGCGAACAUGGUGGAGUCUCUUCAUUUGGGAAAUCUACAUUGGUACUCUCCUUCCGAGCACCAAUCUGCAAUGCAGCGACAUAUACUCCGACGUCUGCUUGCCAUGCGAAGAGUCAGACUACACAUCACUCCAGACGACUUCGCAAUCUCGAAGUCUGGCGUCUUUCAGGGCAAGGAUAUUUACAGAAGAUGAGGGGAUAGGUCAAUAUUCCUCAUUCGCCUACAGCAUCGAAGCUGCUUGCAUUCUCGCACGUGUUGUGGUGCUCAACGACCUUCCCGAGACGCAUCAUGAUCACUUACAGGCCGUUUCAAAUACCAUCGUCAGCUGGAUGAAUCACCUCCCACCACAGAAGAUCGAAAUCGUGGACAUGUACGGGAACUUCGAUGAGAUGCUAUUCCAAGCUCAUUGCACAAUCCAUUACGCCACCAUGCUGUUACACUUGCCUCGAAGCAAUAUUCGACCGAGAUUUCCAAACUCAAUGUUCUCAAUAUGCCCAGUGGCUCCAUAUCGCCUCUCUCCUUCCCUUACUCGGCAUGUCCACGACGUGAAAACCAUCGAGGCUUCCAAGAAUUUAUCUAAUCUGCUAUCAGUCCGCUCGAGUGCACAGGGUUAUAGCCCUACUAUUGUCUUCGCCUCGAUGCUCUGUGGUCUGGUUCAGCUCGCGGCAAACGAAAUGCAUGGAUCCGAAUGUUUCGACCAUCACCAAAAUCGGGUGGUCCUCGUACUUGGAUGUCUCAAAUUGUUGAGAGAGAAGUGGCGUCUGGCCCAAAAAGCACAUGAUCAUCUUAAGAAUGUCGCCGCUCAAACAGUCACAUAUCCGGCUCAUCACUCGCCGAUUCCGACGAAGAGGCCCGACAAGCCCCUUGGAGAUGAAGGCUCAAACGUCAAUUUUGAUCAAGGCCUCUCCUAUCUACCAGAGGAUUUCAGUGAUUUGAAUAAUCAAAUCUCUUCGACGCUUUUGUCGGAAUUUAUUGACCCCACCUGCGGGGGAUCAUUUCUUUGA